AUGGUGGACAUAGUGGCCGGACGUAUUAAUCGUGUGUUGGAAACAUUGGAAUCCUUCAGAAGCCAAUGGACACCAGCUGUAGCACGACAGAUUGACCUAGUGCAUCGUGUCUAUAACGAAUUAUUGAUUGACGAUGAUCCAGAAGCGGAAUUAUCGGUAACGGCAGAAGUAGUACUUGCACAGGCUAUGGAAAAACUGAGCGACAUGCUGCAAGAGAUGGCGCACCAACACCGGAGUACCCACCAAAUGUUAUCGAAAAUAGGCAGAGCUAUCGACAGAUAUUUCGUCACCGAUCUUAGUACUUUAACGAAAAUUGAUAAGAAUAUUGAUACAGAUCCAAGACUACAUGGCAGAGUGAACGCUCUCAUUACCAAUCAUUUGACGAGUACUGGGAAAUUCGAUGUUGCGGAUAUUCUAACGAAAGAAGCACAAUUACCAGCAUCGGAAGGUUUGGAAUUCAAUGUGGAUGAUAUCCGGCAUCUAAUGGAAGCAUUCCAGAAAAGAGACAUUAAUCCCGCGCUUCAGUGGCUUAAACAAAAUGCUUCUCGAGAUGAACAAUUGAUUUAUGAUCUUCAGAAACAACAUUUCAUCAAACUUUUGGAAGAUGGGGAGACUAUGGAGGCUUUGCAAUACAGUCGCAAUCUUUCGAAAAAUCCGGAGGAGUUGAUGCAGUUACUGUGGGCAGCUGUCGCUAAAGAUCGUAAGACACGUUAUCCCGAUCUUUUCAACCCUGUUGUUUGGCAGCAACUUGAAUUACGACUCGCUCGAGUUAUGUCGCGAUCAGAAAAUUAUCUUAGUCAGAUUCUUGAGCUCGGCAUUAAAAUGGUACCAUCACUCAUUAGUCUUCGUCAGCUAAUGGUAAAUCGAUCAUUGGAAUCGCUAUUUCAAGGUGAUGAACUGCCAAUUGAAGUAGAUGUGCCGAAUGCCACACAUUCUGUGUUCGCUUGCCCAAUUCUUAAGGCACAGUGUACGGAGCAAAAUCCGCCAAUGCGUCUCACAUGUGGUCAUGUAAUUUCCCGAGAAGCACUUCAUAAAUUAGCCCAAACAGGACGUUUUGUUGCACCGACCAAUUUGUCUCCAUCUAAUGCUUUCAGUCAUAUUCGUUUGAAGUGUCCGUACUGUCCGGUGGAAUCAUCAGUAGCUGAUGCGAAACGAGUGAAUAUUGGUAUGAGAUUACCACCAUCACUUCUUUGUCGUCAUCCUAAUGCACCUUGUACGAAGAUUAUCAAUGUUGAUAAAGUUUUUCCGGAUACUUUGAGCAGAAAUCUGCCAACGAAUGAAAAUAUGAACCUGGUCAAUCCUAAUGUUGCACAAGGAAACGAUAAAUUUACAUGGGACAAUUUACAUGUACACCUGUACUUGAAAGUACCGAAGCAAUUUUAUGGCCUAAUUAUUGCACUUAGACGUCUGCUUAGCACGAUUUGGGUUUGGGUGUUUGUAAAAUACGUCCCAGAAAUGCUAAAAUCCCAUUCCCUACUGCAGGGGAUGCGGAACAUCAUAUUCCCGCGACUCGAGGGGAUUUCAUUUUUGAUUUUGCGAAGUCACUAUUUGGCUGAUGAUGGUUUAUGA